AUGGCUCUAAUAACGGGCAGUCUUGGAGGGGGGUCUUCUGCCAAAGUGAAGCAAGUCCCACACAGGAGCAGCAAUGGAGAUGACACCGAGUCAAAUGCCACACCGGUGGAGGACUUCUCUACACACCCAGCUUCUGAGGAUGAAUCUCUGAGGGAUAGUGAUGGAGAUGAUGAUGAUGACGACAACAAUGAUGACGACGAUGAAGAUGAUGUCUAUCAGGAAUUUGACGAGUAUGAAGACUUCUCAGAGUUACCUGAAACCAGGACCAUAGCUUCAGAUGACUCUUUCUAUCCACACGACACUUCGGUGUCAUCGUUGCGAUCGCCCUCUCCUGAGAGCCCAGAGCCCAUCUCCUUCUUCCAGGCCUGUUGUAACAACAAUUCCAUCAUUGUCAAAAUCAUGAUCAGGCAGCGUGUGACAGAAGAGGAGGUAAAGGAGAUGGAUAAGAAUAACAGGACAGGAUUGAUAGUGGCCUGUUACCAUGGCUUUGUGGACGUGGUCAUGGCGCUGGCUCAGUGUCCGUACGUGGAUGUGAAUUGGCAAGACAAGGAGGGAAACACGGCCCUCAUCAUGGCAGCCCAGGCAGGAUACGUAAUGAUCUCAAACUACCUCCUGAACUACUUCCCUGGUCUGGAUAUUGAACGCAGGAACUGCCAUGGCUUCACGGCCAUGAUGAAAGCCGCUAUGCAGGGCAGGGCAGAUUGCGUCCGGAUACUGAUACUGGCAGGGGGUGAUAUGGAAGCCAAGGACUUUGGACGGAAGUUGACCUCCCGGGAAUGGGCUCUGUUCACAGGCCGUUAUGAGACGGCCAACCUGAUGUCACGGCUUAUGGCUCAGCCCUGUGCUGAGCAGUUCUGCGACUCCUACAAGGUCGAGUGGCCAGCGCUGCCGGAGCUGGUGGCCUCUGCCCAAGAACCCAGGGGCUGCCUGCAAAGACUGUCAGAGUGGCUGCGCUCCACCUUCUCCUGCACUUUCAGCACCAAGACAGACCCACAGGAGGAGGGUGUGCUGGACUACAUGGUACGCAUGACCACAGCCCUUCGUAGUCCCCUGGUGGCCACAGCCUGUCACACCGUGUGCCCCGGCAGCCCGCCCUGUGUGGGCAAGCGGCGACCUGCUGUGCAGGAGAUCCUGAGACGCCAGCGGCUGGAGGAGCUCCGGAGCCUGGGGCCUGAGCGACUUGAGCAAUACCGACGCCUCUUCCAGAACUCACGUGUGCUGCUGCUGCCUCGGCCCAGCGAACGGAGGGCCAGCCUACAACCUCGGGUGCUACAGGACAUGGCGUGGGCUUCCGCGGCAGUACUGCGGCGCAGCAGCCUGCUACCCCUGCACCUAGUGCGUAGAAGUAGCGUACGGCCCGGCAUGGUGGUGCCCCGGGUGCGAGUGUGCAGGGCCCCACCCCCCACUUAUGAACCUGAGAGGUUCCACGCCAAGGCCGAUGGCCACCUCCUUCAGAUCCCCAAGUGGCGGUACAAGGAGCUGAAAGAGGAGAGGAAGAAGAUGGGGGCAUCCAACAGGAAGAAGAGGUUGGACCCCAUCACCCGACACCUGAGCAAAGGAAGGAUGUAA